AUGGUGAAGGCUGCCCGUACUUUCCAAUGCCAGCGAUGUUCCCGGACGUUUGCUCGGCUGGAGCAUCUCCAGCGCCACGAUCGGUCGCACACCAAAGAAAAGCCGUAUGUCUGCGACAAGUGUCCAAAAUCGUUCACUCGCAAGGAUCUGUUGACCCGCCAUGAGCGAUUGUCCCACAGUUCACCGUCCGGUAACCGUGAUACCGACAACGGCGACCAUCCAACGACCGCACCAUCAGCCACUGACCAUGUGCUGCAUGGGCUGAAUAUCCUUGCAUCCGCCGUGGCGGAUCGUACCCAUCCCCUCUCGGCCAGCCAAGGUACAUUCUCUUCCGGUCGGCCGGCAACGGCGGAUCGGACGCCUCUCGCCGGCCAUCCUUUACAAUCAGCACAUUCCCCCGGCGCGGCCGAAGCGACUGCUUUUGGUGAAACUUUCUCCGGAUACACUACCUCCAACGCAUAUGACGGGGACGACUUCACGUCUUUCCUUGACAGCAUUCCGCUUCCCAGCCACCCUUACUCGCCGACGUAUCAACCCCUACCGGUGUUUCCCGCCUGGAACUUUGAUUCGACUUCCGAUUACGAUCAUUCAGUUGACCGAAUAGGUACGGCGAACGCAGCAGUGACACCGUCGAGCUCGGUGCUUCCUCGUCAUGGGACGCAGUUGCCGUCUCUUCAGCCCGAGAGCCCCCAGACUUCCCAUAGAGCGCGACAGCCGAAGGGGGCCAUUUUUGUCACAACACAUUGUCGCGACAGGAUAAUUACGCUGCUGGCUGAUUACGCCAAUGUCCUUCCAGAUCCUUACAUCCCGUCUCGACACGCUUUGUCCCGAUGCCUUACAGGCCUGCAGCUGUUUCUUUCCAUGGCAGCAUUAGGCGCUCGGUACUGUCGGGAACCAGAUACAAGUCUGAGCCUGUACCGAAUCGCAAGGACAAUUACCAUGGAACAUGUUCGGAGGACGUAUCAGUUUCCUGGGACCGGUCAAUUUUCCGAAAAGUUUAGACUUUCGACUACUGGAAGUCCUGAAAGCCAAGAUCUUCUCGAGACUAUCCAGGCAUUAUUACUGCUCCAUUCAGUCUCAUCAUGGUUCAAACGCGAUCCGUCCCAUCACGAAUCCCUCUUCAUGCGCAGUUUUAUGGAGACAAUGCUCCGAGAGGGAGGACUGAACGAGUUGCCUGAGCAGGAUGGCUCAUGGAAAAGCUGGAUACGCCGGGAGUGUGUGAAAAGGACCUCACUCAUUGUUUUCUGCUAUCUCAAUAUCCUCACCAUUGUCUUCGAUAUCACACCACUCAUCCUCACCGAGGAAAUCAGUAUGGAUCUCCCAUGCAGCGAAAAGGAAUGGCAUGCUCCAAAUGCCGUUGCUUGGAUGCAAGAACGCAGUCAGACGUCGCCGGAACCAAAGCUACAAGACGCGCUCUCGUCCCUUUUCACUCAACCUACCACACCAAAGGCAGACCUGGAGAGCUUCUCCUCUUUGGGUGGCUACGUGCUGAUCCACGCCAUUCUACAGGAUAUCUGGCUUCUUCAAAAGGCUCGUCGCCUGCCCCUGUCGCGAAACAGCUCUCUCUCUACGGCGGAAGCCUUAUCGCUUGAACAAGCGCUAGAACAAUGGUGCCAAUGCUGGGAGCGCAACCAGGAAUCCUCGAUCGAUCCAUUUAACCCUCAUGGGCCUCUCUCUUUCACAUCCACCGCCCUCCUUCGUCUCGCGUACAUCCGCCUCAACGCGGAUUUUACUUCCGCGCGGCGCCUGCAAACCUGGGAUCCGAGCCAGAUUGCGCAAUCCCUGCGCCAGAACCUUUCCGUGCGGCGGGGCGACCGGCUGACACGGGCCGCCUUGCACUGCGCUCAUGCUUUGAGCACCCCCAUCAAGCUCGGGAUCAACUACGUAGCUCACACGCUGGUUACCACCUGGUCGAACCAAUACGCACUGUGUUCGUUGGAAUGCGCGGUGCUACUGGCGAAGUGGCUCGAGAAGGUGACAGUGCCGAAUCCUGAUCCCGCCUUGACGGAGCAGGAAACCAAGCUUCUAGAGUUUGUGAUCGAGAUGGUUAUGGAGACACAGCAUGGGGCCAGUCGGGAAUGGUUGUUGGAGAACAAUACACGGCUGAGUGCUAUUGUCACUCGCCUUUGGGGUCGAUUGUUUACGACGGAUCAUAUCUGGGAGUCUUUGAGUCGGUAUGCCGAUAUCCUAGAAGGAGUCUCAGGAUAA